AAAAUUGUAAAUACAAAUAGAUUGAAAAGAAAAAAAAAAUUGGAAAAUAUCCACGGAGCUGGUAGCUACCGACGAUCGUCUUUCGGUUCCGAUUAGGACCUCACCAACACACAGAGUGGGAGAGAGAGACAGAGAGAGAGAGAGCACUCGCUUGGGCGGAAUGAUGAGGCUGAAGACAUAUGCCGGUCUCAGUUUGAUUGCAACCCUGGCUAUCACAUAUCAUGCAUUUAACAGUAGAGGCCAGUUUUAUCCGGCAAUGGUGUAUCUUUCAACUUCCAAGAUCAGCUUAGUGCUUCUUCUCAACAUGGGUUUGGUUAUUAUGUGUAUUCUAUGGCAGUUGACUAAAAAGGUAUUCCUGGGUUCUCUUAGAGAAGCUGAGGUAGAAAGGCUUAACGAGCAAUCGUGGAGGGAGGUUAUGGAAAUCCUCUUUGCCAUUACUAUUUUUAGGCAGGAUUUCUCAGUUACGUUUCUUGCGAUGGUCACAGCGCUAUUGUUGAUUAAAGCUUUGCAUUGGUUGGCUCAAAAGAGGGUUGAGUACAUUGAGACAACUCCUACGGUGCCCAUGUUGUCCCAUGUUCGGAUUGUAUCUUUUAUGGGUUUCCUCCUUCUCCUCGAUAGCCUAUUCUUAUACAGUAAUCUGAAGCAUCUGCUACAAACAUGGCAACCGUCAGUUUCGAUAUUCUUCUCUUUUGAGUACAUGAUACUGGCAACGACAACAGUGUCGAUUUUUGUAAAAUAUCUUUUCUAUGUUAGUGACAUGCUCAUGGAAGGACAAUGGGAAAGGAAACCAGUCUUCACAUUCUACUUGGAACUUAUCAGGGACUUGCUUCACUUGUCUAUGUAUCUGUGCUUCUUCCUCGUAAUUUUUGUAAACUAUGGUGUUCCUUUGCACUUAAUACGGGAGCUCUAUGAGACAUUUAGGAACUUCAAAGUCCGUGUUGCAGAUUACAUACGAUAUCGUAAGAUCACUUCAAAUAUGAACGACCGUUUUCCAGAUGCAACGCCUGAAGAGCUUAAUGCAAGUGAUGCAACUUGCAUUAUCUGUCGUGAAGAGAUGACUACUGCCAAGAAACUUAUAUGUGGACAUUUGUUUCAUGUUCAUUGCCUCCGAUCAUGGUUGGAGCGGCAACAUACUUGCCCUACCUGCAGAGCCCUGGUUGUUCCCCCAGAAAAUGGGGCAACAGCAACUGUAGGCCAGCAAGGAGCACAACCAGAUGGUCAUCGACAGGGAACAGGGACUAGCACUGGAAGCACAGCUCAAAAUGAGGUUGGCAGUGGUGGGGCAAUUGAUAAUUUGAGUCAGCAUCAAGCCCGACUUCAAGCUGCAGCUGCAGCAGCAGCUUCAAUAUAUGAGAAGUCUUAUGUUUAUCCCUCCCCAACAUCUUUAGUGUGCUCUCCUGGGUACACUCUUCAACCCCCAGUUCAGAUGUCUAUGGGCAAAUCUGUUAACACGGCACUCAAUGGAGAACAAGCUUCUGGUGAACAGGCACAACAGCAAUUUGUUCUCCCUGGUGGACCAAUGAUAUCCUUUCCUCAAAUGGGGCCCUUCCAUUUUCUUCCUUCCCAAACACGCGGAGCCCCUGCGAAUUAUGGAGUGGAGUUUGGAGUUGACCCAAAUAUGCCAAGCUCUCACCUGGAAGCUCAUAGAAAACUACUUCAAUAUCAGAUUGAGAUUCUGCAAAAUCAGCUCAAGCUUUUGCAGAGGACAAAGGUUGAAACAGGUGUAGAUGAGGGUACAUCUUCAUCAUCCACAUCGACAGCAGAUAGCAGAGGCAAGCAAAUAGCAUCGAGUCAUGAGAUUCAUCGUGAAAAAGAAUAACUUCAUCCCCUUAUUUCUGGUUUGAACCAUGAUGAUGCUGUCAAAUGUAGAUAUAGGGAGAAAAAAAAAAUCACAGCAUUGCUUGACCUGAAUUUGACUGAUAUAUGCUGUUCAGGGCGAUAUACUAAUUUGUGAAUGCACAGUCCCCCCUCAAAUUGUUACAUUUAGCCCCCUUUUUGUUAUGGGGAGAUGCACGCUUGUACUAGCUUUUGGAAAAUCAUACACUUUAUUAUAUGAUGAAUGUCUUUACUCCUAACUUGUCAAUUAUUGUUAUUAUUAUAUUUUGUUGUACAUGGAAGUAACAGGGAUUAAUUUAAUA